CGCUCGCUCAGUUGGUCUGCCCCUGCUGCUCUCCACCCCCCAACUCCCUGCAAACCCUCAGCAAGAAUGGCGCCCGGGAAGAAAUCGAAGAAGGCGAUCGAGUCGAUGAACGCCCGGCUCCAGCUGGUGAUGAAGUCGGGCAAGGCCUCGCUGGGCUACAAGAGCACCAUCAAGUCCAUGCGCAGCACCCGCGCCAAGAUGGUGCUCAUCUCCAACAACUGCCCGCCCCUCCGCAAGUCGGAGAUCGAGUACUUCGCCAUGCUCGCCAAGUGCGCCGUGCACCACUACACGGGCUCCAACACCGACCUCGGCACCGCCUGCGGGAAGUACUUCCGCGUGUCGGUACUCUCCAUCACCGACGCCGGCGACUCCGACAUCCUUCGCCAGGGCGCGGAAGCGUAAGAUGGACGGAAGACCGCCGGCCUGCCUGCCUGCCUUAGCUUUUUCUUCAUCAUUCGUGUGCAGUAGACGGAGAUACCUCGCUGUGUUUUUGACUGCAUGGCUCGUCUUGUGAAGAGAAAGGGGGCGUGGUUGCGCGUGUGUGCACGUUGGUAGGGCCCGUUGUGGCAGAAAUGGCCGGGUUUUCUCUACCGAAAUCGCCACAUGCUGUCGCAAGAUUCCACUUGUUGACGUGUGGACAUUUUUUAAUGUCUCGUUAGAGAAGGAGGUAUGUAGGGAUCACCUCUUUCUUCAUCUUCAGUAUUGGUGGGGCGGGAGAUGCGGUUGCCGGGCAGCAGACAACUAACUCUGCGGGGUUCUGAGUUGAAAACUAAAUGGAUCUUGUGGACCAAAUUUUUUUUUUCGUCUUCCGUCUUCAUUUGAUCGCGUUAUAACGCGUACGUGCAUGCGUCGUGAUCGAUCGACGGUGUUCGGGCGUGAUUCUUGCGCGACGGUAACGCGCACACAUGCCAUUGAGGCCGUCGGCCUACGGACGACCACACUGCUGUUGUCGUUGGCGCGGACGCGACCGGUAGUCCUAAUUACCGGAUGUUGGAAAAUCUGUUCGCAUGUAUCGUGUGACGGGUUUUCUUUCCGAACGGAACAUGAGCGCAAACGCCGCUGUUAUUGGUCGGUCGUCCCCAUCACGCAUAUUUAGCUC